AUGAAAUAAAAUAAAUUUGGAGGAAUAGAAUUCAACUGUGGAGAGCGUUAUCAAAUUAUAAAAUUGAUUGGGUCAGGUACAUAUGGUGCAGUAGUCCUUGCAUAUGAUAUAAAGCAUAAAUCUAGGAAGGUUGCCAUAAAGAAAUUAAAUUAAAUAGAAGAUGUGAUAGAUGGCAAACGAAUUUUGAGGGAAAUACUCAUUUAAAGAUAGAUGGAUCAUCCAAACAUAUUAUAAAUCUAUGAUAUCUUGUUUGACUCUUAAAACUUUGACAUUUACAUCGUAAGUGAAUACUACCCCACAGAUUUGGGAAAAGUUGUAGCUGGUCAUUAGGAGUUAGGUGUGGAACAUGUUUAAUUUAUUAUGUAUCAAUUAUGCAAGGGAUUACAUUAUUUACACUCCUCCAAUUCUAUCCAUAGAGAUAUCAAACCUAGGAAUAUAUUGGCAAAUGAAAGAUGCGAAGUUUGUUAUUGCGAUUUUGGUUUUGCCAGGAAAUUCGAUGAAAAUGAAGAUUAAUAAGGAGGAGAAAACAUGACUGAAUAUGUAGUCACUCGUUUUUACAGAGCCCCUGAAAUUAUGUUAUCUAGUUCUCAUUACUCUAAACCUGUUGAUGUAUGGGCAUUAGGUUGCACAUUUGCAGAAUUAAUGAGCAGAAGAAUUCUAUUCCAUGCACCAAAUUACCUUUAGAUGAUCAAACUAAUUUUUGAUAUCUUGGGAAAACCAUCAGACAAAGAAUUAAAGGCUUUUGUAACUAAUGCAAAUGCCUUAUCAUUUAUUGAAAAACUGCCUCCAAAAACUCCUUAACCUGCUUCCUUUAGUGUUCCUUAUCCUGAUGCUAAAGCUAGAGAUUUAUUAGAUAAAAUGUUACAAUUAAAUCCCUCAAAUAGAAUUACCAUCCAAUAAUGUUUAGAUCAUCCUUUUUUUGAUACCAUAAGAAACAAAGAAGAAGAAACCACUUUUAAUGGACUCCUAGAAUGCGAUUUUGAAAAAGAUGAUAAGAUCACUUUGACUCAAAUUUAUUGUUUGAUUUUUGAAGAAAUUAAUAAGGUUAAAGUGAUGAAUAUGGAAUAAACUAUCAAUCAAAAUCAAGAAAUUUAAAAAUUAAGGCUCAAGAAAAAUAUUAAAUGA